GAAGCGGCGCCCUAAAUACCAAAAGCCUGAGUCAACCAGUAGAAGCAAAUUACUCACACUUCGUCCCAUCCUCUCACGUGUACCUCAUGAAGAAUACUCCAAUCAGACGACGAAAAUGCAAGUAUCGCAAAGUGUCUUUCCCCAGAGUCUGCCGACGCCCUCUCAUCUGUCCUCAUAUCAGAGGCAGCAGAGCAGAGCAGAGCAGAGCAGAGGCGAAUCUCACCCCUUGAUCGUAAUCUUACAUGAUCGCAUCGUACCGAAGAGUCCAAUGCCCCAAGGCUGUGAUCAGGGAACUACUCCGACAGGCAACAUGCCCUGUCGUCCAUCUCCUUUUAGACUUUUAGUCUCCGCGCCAUCCCGUCGAUCCCCUGUAGGCGCAGCAGCAACUGCAUCAUCGCGAAUCCUCCGCAGUGAGACACUUAACCUUACCCUACGAAAAUCGACCCCUAGGCACAUCACGCCAAAUACCCAACCCAUGGCAGCUGACUCUCGACCCUCAUACCCCAUUACCUACAUUUUACUGUACUCUCUCUGCACACCCUCAGGGCGCAUUCAUAGUGUUCCAUUCCCCAAUGUCUCUCAUGUAGACUGACGGGUGGCGUACUUCCAGUGCAGCUUCUCCGUGUGACUAAGUGCUUCGCGCGUGCCACCCAUAACACGAGUACACCGAAAACCUCGCGACGCCCAUGCACCACCAGGCAGACGAAGCUUCACUUCUUUUUGGGUACAAUCUGUCCUGUCCUCGAAUACACCGGCUCUUGUACUCACUCGCUCCAUUAUGACUGUGGCCAUCGGGCGCGCUCUCU